AUGCAACCCCGCAUCGAAGCGUCGCCUUAUCUAUGGCCACACGAUAGUACUUUUGAUCAGAAGACAACUGCUCUAGUCAUCAUUGAUAUGCAGAAAGACUUCUGUUCAGCAGAUGGUUAUCUCGCACACCAAGGCUACAGCAUCGAGCCAGUACGAAAAAUCAUUCCCCGUAUCCAGAAGCUCCUCAGGGCUUUUCGUGAGAAGGGCUUCACAGUCUACCACACGCGUGAAGGUCAUCGUCCCGAUCUCUCCACCCUCUCCUCCCGUGAGUACAGUAGGAGCAGGAACAACCCAACGGGCAAAGGAAUUGGGGACCAAGGACCUCUCGGCCGACUCCUGAUCCGCGGAGAGCCAGGCCACGACAUCAUUCCGGAACUCAAGCCACUGGAGAACGAGAAUAUUAUUGACAAGCCUGGUCGUAGUGCAUUCCAACAUACCGAGUUCAGAUUGAUGCUCAAUAUCAAGGGUAUCAGGAACUUGAUCUUAUGUGGCGCUACCACGGACGUCUGUGUUUCCAGUACCCUGCGCGAUGCGAAUGAUAACAAUUUCGACUGUCUGCUCGUGGAAGACGCUACGGCUGCCAGUGCGGAGGAAUUGCACCAUGCGGCAGUUGAAAUGGUAAAGACGGAAGGUGGCAUCUUCGGUGCUGUGUCCUCGACAGAGAAGAUAUUGGCUGCACUGGAAGGUGAGAGAGAGGAUGAUUAG